AAGGACGACUUUACCUCCAGUGGUGUGGUCCUGCAGCGGCGAAGCAUACACCAGAAGGUCUGACGACACGAAGAACUGGGCUUGGACAUUAUGGGACAAGUGUAUAACAUCUCUCUCGCGAUUUUCUGCGCAAUCGGAUCCUUCCUGUUUGGCUAUGACAGUGGAAUCAUCUCCUCUGUCAUAACAUUGCCUGCGUUCAAGUCAUUCGUGAACAACCCAAAAAACUAUGACAGCUUGUCAGGAGCAGUGGUAUCAACAUUCACCGGUGGCUGCUUCUUUGGUGCAGCAACUGCAGGAUGGACAAAUGACAAAUUCGGGCGUAUACGGACAGUACAGCUCGGCGUAAUAAUUGCUCUCUGGGGUUGUGCGAUGCAAUCCGGAGCGAACAACUUCGCAUGCAUGUUAAUCGGACGAAUUGUCGCUGGAUUUGCCAUUGGCGUGCUGUCGAUGACCGUACCGUUAUAUAAUACGGAGAUUGCGCCACCAAAGUACCGUGGAUUUAUCGUCGGUUUGACACAACAAAUGAUCGGCAUCGGUUUCAUUGUGGCCAACUGGGUCGGGUAUGGCUGCCAGUUUCUCAAAGGAAACGUUCAGUGGCGGUUGCCUCUCGGGCUCCAGCUCGCUCCCGCCGCCCUGCUCCUCCUUGGCAGCUUUUUCAUGCCUCAGUCCCCGCGCUGGCUCCUCGAACACGACCGCGACGAUGAAGCGCGCAGGGUCGUGCAUACGCUGCACGGCAGCAGUGCCUCCGCACAGGAGGAGGCCGACGUCGAGUUCGCGGAGAUGCGCGAGACGAUCAAGGCCGAGGUGCUCGUGCGCUCGCGCUCGAUCACCGACCUAUGGGCGACCCGCGGCAUGCUCCGCCGUACGUUCGUCGCGGUGGGCGUGCAAGUCUUCGGACAGUUCUCUGGGAUCAACGUGAUCAACUACUUUGGGCCGUCGAUGUACCGCGCGCUGGGCUUGAGCGCGGGCCAGUCUUUGCUUGUGCAGGGGAUCUAUGGUGCUGUGGGACCGAUCACCAACUUCUUCUUCAUCACCUUGAUCUUGGACACCGUCGGACGUAAGAAGCCGCUCAUGUUUGGAGCGGGCAGCUUCGUGGUCACGUAUUCGGUGCUCACAGCUAUCGUCGCGUCCUUCCCGCCCGACGAGUCCACCAACCUUGCUGCACAACGUGCAGGCAUCGCGAUGAUCUUCCUGACGAGCAUAUUCUUCUCGCUGAGCUUCGGGCCCGUCAGCUGGGUGCUCGCCUCUGAGGUGUUCCCGACCAGGACGCGGUCCAUCGGGACCAGUGUGGCGACCUGCGCGAACUGGGCGUUCAACGUGCUAUUCUCUCAGGUCUCCAAUAUCGCGAUCACCAACAUAUCGUGGAGGUAUUAUCUCGUGUUCAUCGUGCUGAAUGCAAUCGACUUCAUCAUCAUUGGGCUGUUCUUCCCGGAAACCAAAGGGCUAACGCUCGAGCAAAUGGCCGAGCUCUUCGGAGACGAGGUUGAUGCGCACGAUGUGCUUCAGUGUGCCGCUGCCCAUGAGAAGUUGAAUCACGAUCACCUAGAGACUGAAAAGGCAUGAUUGUUCUUACGGCGCUCGCCAUUGGCAACUAGUCACGGUCGACAUGUACCGUUGUAUUGUGUACCGGACACUGCUUUGGGUGCGCAAUGCACCGUAGACAACACGAUGACUGCUGGCUCAAGGCUCUCCCACUAUCCUU